AUCAAAAGUCAAAACGAAUGGCUUAUUUGGUCAAUGGUAACUAGAAUUGAUCUUCUUGGCCAACUUGUUCAGUUUACUUCCUCUCUCUCCCCCGCCUAUAUAAUCAUCUUCUCACCAUGGUUUCAAGUUUCAACAGCAAAUCGGUUUAGUUCAAUAACAUUUUCAUAUCACACAUCUUAAAGCUGCGAUGAAAACCGGGUCAGCAAGAUCUACCAUCCUCCUAUAUGUUUUAUUUCUCGCACUGGUUGUGUCUCCAACACUUCCAUGUCAAGCAGCUAGUGUGCCUCUAGGAGGGCGUAAGCUGAUGGCGCCGCCACCACCUAUUCUCAUGUGUACACAGUGUGCAUGUUGCGCACCGGCUCCACCCGGUUCUUGCUGCCCUUGUGGCUGUUCCGGUGGUCCCUGAAGUGUAUUAAAAUCUGCUAUACAAUGUGCUACUUCGAUUUGUUUAAAAUCUGUGUAAUCCUUAAUUCCUUAUAAUAUGUAUGAACAAGUAAACAAAAAGUGUAUUAUGUGUUCUGAAUAAUAAAACCUUUGGGUUCUGG